UAGGGGUGUGUUGUGUGUGUAUGUGUUGGGGGGGGGGAUGCCGAAGCCCCCCUAAAGACGCCACUAGAGGCAGUGCACUGGAGGGAACCAGAGCCCUGGAGGGAACCAAUCCGAGCUCAGGCUGCGUAAUCGAUAGUCGAGCAAAAUAGAGCUAACACGAGAAGAUUCGAGAGGGUUCUGGAACUUUCAAACCUCCUUUAUUGGCCGCACAUGACCAAAACCUGCUUGACUAGCCAGCCGUUGACGUUGACGACGUACUUGAACCAGAAGUCGCAAACCGCAACUAAAUACGUUAGCGCAGCGGUGUUGUAAGCAGCGGCUAACGUUAGCAACCAAGGUUACAUCCUGCGGCGCUCGCGUCUCGCGGCCAGUCAUGUUCGGCUGCUUGGUGGCCGGGCGCUUGGUGCAGACUGACGCGGUUCAGGUGGCCUCGGACAAAUUUGUUUUCAACUUGCCGGAGUAUGAGAAGGUGAACCACGUGGUGGUGUUCAUGCUAGGCACCGUGCCCUUCCCGGCCGGCAUGGGCGGCGCCGUCUACUUCUCUUUCCCGGACCCGGAGAGCGGCGGGCCGGUGUGGCAGCUGCUCGGCUUCAUCGCCAACGACAAGCCGAGCGCCAUCUUCAAGAUCUCGGGCCUGAAGGCAGGCCAGGGCGGAGCGCACCCGUUCGGCGCGGUGGCCUCGGCCGCUCCCUCCGUUGCGCAGGUCGGCAUCUCGGUAGAGCCGCUGGAGCAGUUGGCCCAACAGACCCCGGUGUCCGGAGCGGCGGCGUCCACGGCAGACACGCUGCGGCUUUUCACGCAGAAGAUGUUGGACAGUUUGUACAACUUCGCGUCGUCCUUCGCUGUCACGCAGGAGCAGAUGACGCCCAACCCCAGCGAGAGCUUCGUCCCAGCCAGCUGCAUCCUCAAGUGGUACGACAACUUCCAGAGACGCAUGAACCAGAACCCCAACUUCUGGAAGAACUGAACAAACAGAAGACGAACUCACUAUGUGUCAUCAUGGACUUCGACACCAACAUUCUAGACGAUUCAUGCUGCCCAAAUAAUACAAAAUCACGCCAAGUCCAGUCGAGAUCAGGACUUUUAAAAUUAUAUCUGGGACUCCAGCACAAAGUGCGACGGUCCAUUUUCAAGUUGCUGUGUUAUGUAAUUACUGUAUAUAUAUUUUUCUGGUGCAAAAUAAAUAUAUUUUGAAAGCA